AAAAACAAACACUCGUGACUUCUACCCACUUCACACUCUCACUCCACCCACCUCCAGUAAAAUUCAAAAAAUGCCUCAGCACCACCGUACCGGCUGGCUUCCUCAGCCACCGGCUCCGGUGCUCCUCCUCCUCACCCUACUCACCCUCUUCCUCUCCACCUACCCAGCAAUCGCAUGGCGCCCCUGGCCCGACCUCAAACACAACACCUCCGACCUCCUCGGAGACAACAAAAAAUUCGAAGGCUCCUCCGAAUUCGUUAAACUGCGCUACCACAUGGGCCCUGUCCUAACCGCCAACAUAACCGUCCACACAAUCUGGUACGGCACGUGGCAGCCGGCCCAGAAGAAGAUCAUCCGCGAGUUCAUCAACUCGAUCUCCGCCGCUGGCUCCAAACGCCCCUCGGUCGCCGGGUGGUGGAAGACCGUACAGCUGUACACCGACCAGACCGGCGAGAACAUCUCCCGCACGGUCCACCUCGGCGCAGAGAAAAACGACCGGUUUUACUCCCACGGUAAAACCCUGACGCGCCUCUCGAUACAGUCCGUGAUCAAAAGCGCCGUAACGGCCAAAACGAGGCCGUUACCCGUCAAUCCCCGGAGCGGGCUCUACCUCGUGCUGACAUCUGAUGACGUGUACGUCCAGGAUUUCUGCAAACAGGUCUGUGGGUUCCACUACUUCACCUUCCCCUCCCUCGUCGGAUACACUCUGCCGUACGCGUGGAUUGGAAACUCGGCCAAAUUGUGUCCAGGUACGUGCGCGUACCCGUUCGCCGUACCGGAUUACAUCCCGGGGUUAAAGCCGUUAAAGUCACCUAACGGUGACGUGGCAGUCGACGGGAUGAUAAGCGUUAUCGCGCACGAGAUUGCUGAGCUGGCGAGCAACCCGUUGGUGAACGCCUGGUACGCGGGUCAGGACCCGAGUUUUCCGGUCGAGAUAGCUGAUCUCUGCGAGGGAAUCUACGGUACGGGAGGGGGCGGGUCGUACACGGGUCAGCUGAUGGACGACCACGAUGGCUCCACGUACAAUAUGAAUGGGAUCCGACGGAAGUUCUUGGUUCAGUGGGUUUGGAGCCACAUUUUAAAUUACUGUACCGGACCGAAUGCACUCGAUCAGUAAAACUUUCGGGUUUUUACGGUUAUAAUUCCUUUUUUACCUUUUGUUUCUAUUUAUGGUUUGUUUUUGUUUUAACUUUGUUGGGUUUUUUUGGCGGGUUUGGGUCUUUGGGUCCGUGCUGUUGACAAAGCCUUGUCCUUUUGUUGAUGCAUGAUUAGUUAAGGUAGGUAAGUUUGUUAAUUAUGGUAAUAAUGAUAUAUAUAUAUUUUGUAUACUGGUUUUGUAUACAAAUAGCCGUACUUUA